UUUUUUUUUCUUUUGUAAUAUUUUGGUUUGUUGAUGUAAAGAUGCAACAAAUACAUGACUUUCUUUUUUUAUUUGACAUUGACAAGCUAUUAAUAUAUACUUUCAUAUUUCUUGUUCUUCCCAUGAACAACUUUUCUUUUUUUUAUUAAUCGGCCCUUUCUUUAGAACAACAUCUUUCGGCUCUUCCUUACUACUAUUAACUACGACUACGACUAUUUCAAGUCAGGCAGAUUUCCACUUAAUUUCUCUUCCCCCUCCAAUACAUAUACUCUCUCUCUCUCUCUCUCUCUCUUUCUCUUUCUCUUUCUCUUUACUCUGUAGACUACAGGACAAGGGAUCUAUUAAUCUAAUACUCCUUUCAAGAAAAGAAAAAUGAAUACUGAUCCACCAGAGGAAGCCAAUACUUUUUGGGCCCAAAAGUCGGCCAUCGAGCAGCGUUACCAAAUCAUCCUCGACAAGGUGACCCCUCACACUCCAGAACGUUGGGCUUUUACGGGCGUGGUUCUUUUGAUCUACUUUAUUCGUGUCAUUUAUGCACAAGGCUGGUACAUCGUCACCUAUGCCCUAGGCAUCUAUCUGCUCAACUUAUUUUUGGCCUUCUUGCAACCAAAGUUCGACCCUUCUCUUGAGAUGGACAUGGCUGCUGAUGAAGUAGAGGAAGGUGGCCCCAUGUUACCCACAAGAUCCGACGAAGAAUUCAGACCUUUUGUUCGAAGAUUGCCGGAGUUCAAGUUCUGGCACUCUGCCACAAGAGCAAUCAUUGUUGCAUUUGUCUGCACGCUUUUCCGUGUAUUUGACAUCCCUGUUUUCUGGCCUAUUCUUUUGAUCUACUUUUGUAUUCUAUUCACCUUGACGAUGAAGCGUCAAAUCAGGCAUAUGAUCAAGUACCGCUAUAUCCCCUUCAAUAUCGGCAAGCGCUCCUACGGCAACAGCAAGAACGGCUUUGGAAAAUAAUCAGCAGUGGUAAAAGUGAGGCAAU